CCCGAGCAGCAGCAUGGGGGUUUUCGGAUCAUGUCUAAAUCUACAAUACUCUUCAGAUCAAUGGCACCGAUAGUGAUCCAGGGUUAUUUCUAAUUGGGGAAACACAGAAUCUUCUGGUUACAUUGUUGCUCAGCGUUCUACCCGGGACAAGGCUUUACCCCCUCCGCCAGCCAUUCAUUGAUGAUCAAAUUUAGCUGUCAUAUCAUGGAUGCUGGCAAAAAGAAUGAUCCACCCGUGUCUGUGCAAACAUUACAACAAAGAGCCAAUCCAGAUCGCAGCCUUGCAACCACCAUCUACGUGCCAGAACAAGGAGGCUACAAAGAGAAAUUCCUAAAGACUGUGGAGGAAAAAUACAAAUGUGAAAAGUGCCGUUUAGUACUAUGUAACCCCAGACAGACAGAAUGUGGCCAUCGCUUUUGUGAAACCUGCAUGAAUUCAUUACUAAGUUCACCCAACCAGCAAUGUACGGCUUGUGAAGAAAUCCUCAUUAGAGACAAGGUGUUUAAGGAUAACUGCUGCAGGAGGGAGGUUCUUGCACUACAGAUGUACUGCAGAAAUGAGAACAGAGGGUGCAAAGAGCAAAUAACUCUGGGUAAUCUGUUGCUUCACCUAAAAAGUGACUGCCAGUUUGAAGAACUUCCUUGUCCUCGUUCAGACUGCAAAGAAAAAGUGAUCAGAAAGGACUUAAGUGACCACAUAGAGAAGACCUGCAGAUACAGAGAGAUGCCAUGUAAAUUCUGUAAAAACCAAGUAGCAUUGGUAGAAAUGCAGAAUCACGAAGAUAUGGAGUGUCCGUCUGUUGUAGUGGCCUGUCCUCAUAAAUGUAGUGUAAAAAGCCUUUUGAGAAGUGAGUUGAAUACACAUUCAUCUGAAUGCGUUAAUGCCCCAAGUACCUGUAGUUUUAAACGUUAUGGAUGCAAUUUUAAGGGAACAAACCAGGAAAUUAAGGUGCACGAAGGAAGCUCAGCCGUGCAACAUGUAAACCUAAUGAAAGAAUGGAGCAGCUUCUUAGAAUCUAAGGUAUCCGUAUUGCAAAAUGAAAGCUCAGAAAAAAAUAAAAGUAUCCAAGUAUUACAUAAUCAGAUGUGUAAUUUUGAAGUAGAAAUCGAACGGCACAGAGAAAUGCUCCGAAAUAAUGAAAUUAAAAUUCAACAACUACAGCGAGUGAUCGAGGGCCAAGCAGAAAAGCUGAUAGACCUUGAUAAGGAAAUCCGAAGUUUGUCCCAAACUGGAGAGGAUUCGGAUGCCUUUAAAAGUACUAUGGAGUCGUUACAAGCCCGUAUAAAUCAAAUAGAAAACACUACUAAAAGUGCUGCUGCUUGGAACCCUGGUGUCUUAGAAACGCAGAUCAACCGGCAUGACCAAAUGCUGAGCGUUCACGAUAUCCGUCUCGCUGACAUGGAUCUUCGAUUUCAAGUUUUGGAAACCGCAAGCUACAAUGGAGUGUUGAUCUGGAAAAUCCGUGAUUACAAAAGACGAAAGCAAGAAGCCGUCAUGGGAAAGACUUUGUCACUAUACAGUCAGCCCUUUUACACUAGCUAUUUUGGUUACAAAAUGUGUGCAAGAGUCUAUCUCAACGGAGAUGGCAUGGGAAAGGGGACCCACUUAUCUUUGUUUUUUGUGAUCAUGAGAGGGGAAUAUGAUGCGCUGCUUCCUUGGCCUUUUAAACAGAAAGUAAGUUUAAUGCUGAUGGAUCAGGGUCCAUCACGACGUCAUCUAGGAGAUGCUUUCAAGCCCGACCCAAAUAGCAGCAGCUUCAAGAAACCCACCGGUGAAAUGAACAUUGCCUCGGGCUGUCCUGUGUUUGUAGCCCAAACUGUUCUUGAAAAUGGGACGUACAUAAAAGAUGAUACUAUUUUUAUUAAAGUGAUAGUGGAUACUUCAGAUUUACCAGACCCCUGAUACUGAAUUGUCAAGCAUGCUAGUUGGGAAAAAAGGCCAGCCCUACAUUUUGUACGACAGUCUUCAACAUGAGGUCCCAAGGAUUAGAGGACCCGUUGUCCUGGAACAGGAGCCUCAAGAAAUAACGUCAUAGGGUUCGAUGCACAAAACCGCAACAUUCUGUGCAAAGUAUACCUCUCUGUGUUGUCCUAUGAAGAACGUUGAAAAGAACAAGGAAGAUUGAAGGAUCCGAAGUAAUUUUGCCUUAUGCAAAUAAAAAGGAUGUACUAUUAAUUAUUAUUAUUAUUUUAAUUUUAUUUUUUUAAGGGGGGAGAGGGAAAUGAGUAUGCAUAUACCCCCAACAUUAUUGCUCGAAGGAGCGGUGAGUCAUUUGGUGGGAAGCCUAAAAUAUUUUUAUCAUAUCCAGCAAACAUAAUGUAUUUUGCGAAUAGAACCAAUCUUUAGGAGUAAAUAUUUUUCCGUCUGAAAAAGAGAUUGCAAUAUGUAUUUUCCUACUAACUCAUUUGAUUGUUGGAGGGCCCAACAACUUAUAUACGGUGGUCUGUCUGCGUAACACAACCAGAGGCAUAUGAAAGGUUCAUUCUGCAUGGGCUGCAGUCAUUGUAUUCAACCCCUCAAGGUGCAUUUAGCGUAAUCUUCAGUUAAAAUGACAAUGCUUUUGUUUUGGAUCUGUGUACUAUAAGCACCCAUGACAGGUUAAUGUGGAUUUUGCUUACUUUUUUCAAGCAAAUAGGGUGCUUGCUGUGCAGUUCUAUGUUAAUUGUUGUGUUACCUUAAAGUUCUAGCACCAGCCUUUAAUUUUCCUUAUGUUUUUUUUCUGAUCACAGUAAAGCUCUAGAGUCAGUGAUAGAACAAUUGUAAAGAUGAGCUGCGUGUAGUGAUAUAUCGUUUAUUUUUUCGGUAAUCAUACGAUCGUGGAUUUUUUUCAGAAUUGCUAAUUAAUCCGAAAAUAUUCACAUAGCAAAUUUGAUACCACUGACAUGAAAAAUAGACACAAAAAAAGGCCCUUAAAACAAAUUGCGUGUAAAAGUUCCGCACCACUAUUUAUUUCCAGCAUGCGAAUACUGAAGGCACGGAUGCAAAACUCCUACUGCUUUAGAAUAAAUAGGUCUGGCUGUAUAGAAAAUGUUCUACCAUCAUUCUCAUGCACUGACUUCACUCCCUUGUUAAAGUUUAAUGGAAACGGCCGGUUUAAAUCUUAAUAAUUUCAGAAGUGAAUUUUACUAUAUAGGACAUAUAAUAUUAGGGUUGCUUUUUAACUGGAAUUUGAAUGAGAGAAACCCAAAAUAUGCAUAAUUCUGCAAUAUGCAACAAUUCACCAUUUCACUCAUAAAUAACUUACAGUGGUAAAACAAAGAAAAAAAGGUAGUAGUUAUUUUGUAUUGUUUAUAUAUAAAU